AUGCCCUACUUUGCUUCCUCUCGAGGACCAGUUACCGUAAACGACUCCUUACUCCUUGAUAACGAUGUUGCUGUUGGAAUUGUGAGGUGUUUGGUGACUCCCAGGAAUGUGCACGUGCUGGGAACGAGGGAUGAUAACCGAGUGGUGAGUGAUGUCAUGGCACUGAGCAUGCAAAGUGCUGCAUCUGUCGCAAGCGUGGGACAUCACCUAAUUGCGAAAUCCCAUGAGAUGAGUUUGAAGAGGGAAAGGACAAAGACGGCGAAGGUGAAUCGACGUCAGCUUGAAAUAUUGCAGGAAGAGAAUCAAAAGCUAUCAAAGAUGGUAGAUUUUUACUCUCAAGAUAUGCAAAAGCAACUGGAGGCCCUGGAUCGACCGAGUCGCAAGCAACAAGAUCACGACACAAGUUAUGCUCAAGCUAAGGGUGUGAUCUUUGGGAGCUCAAGUGAUGAGCCCCAAGAAGCUGCGUGUGAAAACCCAAGAGAAGAGGUCCAGAUGGCCAAACUAAAGGCUCUUAUUGCGGAAUCAAGAAGCGUGCCAUGA